AUGUCUAAAUUUGAGAUAAUUAAGCACGUCCACUACGGAAAAUGUAACGAUGUGUUCAUAUCGCGUGAUUCCAAGGGGAAUAAGUAUGCAGUAAAGCGUUUUUACAAAAGUGAGCUGGAAAAAACUAAAUGUUACACAAACCGACAAGGAAAACUGGUCAGGAAGGACUGGCUGGAGGACUUUAAGCGUUCCCUGGAAAUUCAACUCAUGGUAGACGAUGAUUCUUGCAUAAAGUGCCACGCAGUAUUUGGUAUAGACCUGUCGAAGGAAGUUCCGAUUAUAGAAGAAGAGAUAGAACUAGUUUUCGACUUUGCCGAGUGCGGAAGCCUAAUGGACCUGGAGAGUUUUGACGUGCCGAUCGCUGAGUUUCCAAAAGGAGUCGUAAAGUGUAUCGCAAAGGACAUGCUUCAAGCGCUGCAGUACCUGGCCACGAUCAAUGUUGCACACCGAGACGUAAAGCCUAGCAAUAUAUUCAUGAAUAAACAGGGGAGGUCGAAACUAGGCGACUUUGGAGAGUCAGAUAUCAUGACGAAAGAUGGAAAGGUUAGAGGCUCCAAAGGCUCAUACUACUACCUGGCGCCAGAGGUUUUUGAAUUAAACAACGACGAAAAGGACGGAAGCGCCAUUGACAUGUGGGCGCUGGGAGUAACGCUGUGGAUCUUGUACUUCAGAAGGUUCCCGUUCAGCCCUAACAAGUCGAUGUACGAGUCAAUGGAGGAAAUACAAAACUUUAAUUUCAAGAAGGAAAUUGAGGCAUUAAAGAGGAGUUGCGAAGAAAGAGGCGAGGAAUGGGACGAAGGCUUCGUAGAUUUGCUCGGAAGAAUUUUGGAAAACGAUCCGAACGUGAGGAUGAAGCCAAAGGAGGCCCUGAACCAUCCUUCCCUAGGCGAUGUCGAUUAUGAGGUAGCACGACUAUUUUGUUUAAAAAACAAAAAAUCAUUAUUGUAA